AUGAAAAAUAUUAAUAACAAUUUUCGGAAACAUCGAGGGAAAAUAAACGUUUUGAGAGACGUGCAUACUCGAGUUUAUCGAAGCAUCAAUGAGUUCGAUCUAUGAUAUACUAUAACCGAGACAAAUCGGAAUUUUGCGCGAUAUUUGCAUGUCACGAGGAAGCCUAAGUGUGUCGCUAGCAGGGGAGAUCUAGAUCGAUACGUGAAGCUUCGCCAACGCAGUGUCGCGCAAAAUCACAGAAAUGGACUGCUGCAAUUACAUCGAGGCUUACGCGGCAGGUGGUCAUUUUUAUCAGCAGCAGCAGCAGCAGCAACAGCAGCAGCAACAGCAGCAGCAGCAGCAGCAGCAGCAGCAACAGCAACAACAACAACAACAGCAGCAGUACUUUUGUUACGACAAUGGUAGUGUAGCGUAUCCUGGCUAUGAUGCCGCACCAAUCUCUAACACGAUGGACAUUAAUGCUCGAUACAACGGAGCGUUACCACCCACGUAUCCGACAGAUUAUGUGUAUAAUCCGAAGGAGGCGAGGCUACGGAAGGCGAUGCGCGAGCAAACUCGCGAGUUGUCACGACGGUCGAUCUUGCAAAGCGCGAUCGCGACCGCAAAUGCGCGCACAGCCGCGAUUGGUGGCGCUAAUUCCGUCGUUUCCGCAUCAAUGGCCGGCGACUUUCUAAAUCAACAUCAUCGUUUCGAUUGCACGCCGAUGCCCAUGGGUCCAAACGUGAGCCUUCAUCAGACGACAACCGAGCCCUGGUUCCAGGCCGCGCAUCGCCUGAAACCCGCACACUCGCCACGAAUCGGCGAUUGGUAUGGGAAUAUGUGCGGCGAUCCGAUCGAGAGGCUGCAAGCAAUGGGCGCGAUGCAACAGCACCAACACCAGCACCAGCAGCGACAGCAACAACAACGUAAUAUCGAGAAGCCUAUCAAGGACCAAAGAAAUCAGACAUCGGAAUGCGCCACUGCGGCAUUUUCCUCCAAUGGCUAUUCACCGGAUAUCCAGGCCGCGGAGAGAGAAAUUCGCAGACCAGAAUCCGCGGAAUACGCCGACUUUAUCGACGGCCAGAAGUGGCAUCCUUAUCAAAACAGCGCUAGUCCUCAUCCACUUCCGAGAACGCCUCAUUCAUCACCGCAAAUGGGUAGCAUUCUUCACCCAGAUGUCCAGAAUACAAACGCGCAUGGACAUGGUCCAUGGGGUCAAUUUUGUCACGGUAUUUUACCACAUGUUUCAAGUAUGACUCGUAACGCGACGAUUCGAGGUCCGCGACAUGCAGUUUUCUUACGGGAUCGUACACCAACCAGACAUUGUGCAUUCUUGGAGGAUGCAUCGCAAAUGAAUUAUUCGCCGAGAAAAUUGAACAUUGAUAGCAUUCGCGCGUCUUAUCCAUCGUCGGAGCAUCAGAUGCCAAGAUUGUUGGGAUCAGCGGUGGAUUCCGUCAUAGACUCGACGACGACGACGACGACGACGACAAUGACGACGACGACGAUAAAUCGACGCGAGGAAGAUAGUCGGACCAGAUGGGAGCCAAAUAAUAUUGGGAUGUCUCUGGACGAACUUGUACCAACCUCUACGCCACAGGAAGGUACGAUUUCUCGCGAAAAGGAGCAGGAAUCUCGGCAUUCAAGCGAACGAUUUGAGUUGAAGAAGAAACCUGUCUCGAAGCCACUUCCAGGUUUCCAUCAGGCCUUUGGCUCCACGGAGAUCGGCAAGUUUUCUAGGUCCGAGUUCUUCGUGAAUAUGGUAGGUGAGAGUGGCAGCGGUGGCGGGGCUACAUCGGAUGACGGCGACGGAAUCGAUGGCGGCGACGAUGGUGAUGUAAGUAGGGAAGUUUCCGUGUCGGAAACAAUGGAAAAUACUGCCACGACGGCGGCUGCGACCGCAGCGAUCGCGACGGUCGCGACGGCCGCGACCGCAGCUACAGCGGCGACCGCUACCGCAACAGCGGCCGCGGCAGCGGCGGCGGCGGCGGCGGCUAUCGCGACCACUACGACCGGCUCUUGCAGGAUUUUCGACACCGAGGAUAAUCGGGCUGCAUUCGCUGUCGGCGAUGACGCCCGCGCCGUCGGCACGCCCGCGCCGUCGUCGAUCGGCAGCGCGUUCUGCGGACAACCAGCGACGCCGCGCUGGCACAGUCCACACCUGAUUCCGGAAGCUUACUUGACGACUCCCUUGCUGUUUCCCUUUCCAUCGAAAUCCCACAGUAUCCUAGGAGCCAAUACUAUUCACGGAUUCACAGAAGAUGGACGAUUGAUAUCGCAUAUUUUGCCCAAUGAAUAUUGUUGGUUCACCCAGACCGGACACGCAAUAGCCAGAAUUCCUGAUAGUCUUGUGACUUACGCGGCUUUAGUGGAUUAUUCCAAUCAGACAAAGUGGAUUCAGCAAAAAGCAACCAUCCCGCAUCCGACGGAAUUCCCGAUGUUGCUUGGUAAUCAUAUGGGAUACGAAAGAAUCAUUAGUGAUCGUGCACGACGAAACUAUGCCAUCAGUGUAAAUGAAUUGAGAGAUCCCGAUAUUCAACGGGAACGCGAAAUUAUCAAUCUGAAGAUGAAUCAGGAUAAAAAUUCACCUGACUUGGACACGUAUAAAUCUAACGAGAAAAAAAAUUUUUAA